ACUUUUAAUACGAUAACAGUUUUUAAUACAUACUUCGUAAAGGAUUAUUAGAUCAUUAUAAAAAAAAAAAAACGAAAAAAAAAAACUGUCGCUUUUACCAUAAUUUAGUAGAACACAUUUCUUCGGACUCAUGCUAAUUUAUUGUACUCAAAUUUUCGAAUGAAAUGGGGUCAAUUGCAAAAUUAUAUUACAGUUAUUGCUCAGCAAAAUGAUUAUUGAUUUGCUUCUAGAAUUAUGGUAUAAAGUGGUAACUAUGGUAUGUCUGGCAAUGCUGAUCAAUUUGAAAACAUGAAUGAAUUUAUAUUAUGAAUGAAAACACUUAUCUAUGAAUGGAUCAUAUGCUAUGAUCAUAUGUAAAUAAAAACAAGAAGAGAAGGUAUUGUGUUUAAAAGUGUAAAAACAAUUAUUUUUGUAAUGAAUUAUUAUGACUUUUAUUAUUAUAGUUUGUGUCAUGUUUGUAAAGAAAGAAUAAACGUAAAACACUGUAAAAAGUGUAAAUGUGUAGGUUAUUGUUCAAAAGAGCACCAGAAACUGGAUUGGCUAAUGCAUAAGAGUAUAUGCACAGCUAUUUCGUUAACAAGGGAUUCUUUUAAUAACAAAAAAAUAUUUUCCUUUCAAAGUUGGAUUGAGCACCGUCUUAAACUACACUCUAAAUGGAGAAAUAUUCUUAAACGGGAACUUCUUUCUUAUGAGAACCAAAUAUGGAUGUUUUUACCAGUUUGCAGCAUAUGUUAUUCAGAAGACAUUACAGUAGUUUGUUCAGAAUGUUUAAAUGUUUAUUUUUGUUCUAAAGAACAUCAGGAAAAAUUUGAAUCAUGUCAUGAAAGAUACUGUAAAGAAUUAAGCCUUUGUAUGAAAACUGAUGUGGAACUGUUUCAAAUAAAGCAGUAUCCUAUUUCCAAAGUAGCCUCCAUACCGGCUAAUUACGUUGGGUUUCCAGAAAAUAAUUUUGAAUUCUUAAAUUGUGUUUUGGAAGAAAACAAUAAAGGAAUUACUUUUCAAAAAGAUAAAGAAUUAGUUUUAAAGUAUGAACUGAUAGCUUUAAGUGCCAACAUACUCAACACUUUAAGAAUUUGUAAAAUAAUAAAAGAAAGAAAGAUUGACAAGCCCGAAGUAGUUCUUCAUGUUGUUGGGGCUUGUAACACAGAAAUAACAUUUGAUUGGGGAAUUAUAUCUGAAGUAGUUUUUCAUUAUAUUAUAAAUUUGGUAUAUUUAAAAGUUUAUUUAAUUGGACCAACUUGUAAUGCAAGUUUAUUAGAAUGUGUGGACCCUUUGACUUAUUGUUGUGAAUGCAUAAAUUUAGAAAGAAAAGUUGAUGUUGAAGUUGUUCAAGAUUUAUAUCAUAAUGCUGAAAAUAAUUUAAGGAAACCAGAUUUCAUUUUGCUACUUAACAGUGGGCUUCAUGAAUUUGAAAAUCAAAAAGAUUUAGACACUUGGCUCCCAUCCAUAUCUUGUUUAUUAAAAAAUGUGAAUGUACCUAUUCUUCUUACAGCUUAUACUAAAAAUGAAAUAAUUAAAGACACGAAUAUAUUAAAAUGCUCCUGUGAUAAUUUAACUUUUUUUCUUGAUUGUGUUGAAAACCCUUUUGUAAAUUUAAGACCCUUCAGAGAUUGGAAUACUGAAAACAAGCCUGUAUUUUAUUUUAACAAUUAUAUCACAAUAUUAAAGAAUGCUAAUGUAUAAAUCGUUCGAGUUUUUAUUUAUUUUUAAAACAGAGUAAAAGAAAUUAUGAAAUUAAUUAAAAAUUAUGAUUUGUUUAUUGUAAUAUUGCCCUCAUUAUAAUGACUUUAGUAGAGGUUUUUUGUUAGUUUAGAGAAGUUAAAUAUGCGUUUUCCUUACUGUACAGAUAAUUUAUCUCCGUCCUUUAUAUUCUGGCCACAUUCUUGAUUGUGUUUGAAUAUUUAAACAAAUUUCAUUUGUAUUUAUAAUUACCUAUAAUUUAUACGGA